AUGCCUGCCACCAUGCAGCAUGUUACGUCGUUCUUUCGAACUCAUUCAUUUGAACUACCUACCGAAGGAAAAAAAGGUUCAAGAAGGAAUUCAAGUAGUAGACCAACUUUAAAAAGUCGCACACCAUCUUCAUCGGCCUCUUCCAUUGCAGAAGAUAAAGGAGCAAAGAUGCACGAUCUUUCUUCCCUUUCUCACAAACGUAUCUCGAUACCUGGUCUUCAUUCGCAAAAAACAUCCUCGAGAUCAAGUCCUCCAAAUCAUGGCGCAACGCUCGACUGUGCCAUUGAAUCACCACCAUUGCUCCUUUACGGUUCUACGAGUGCGAGCACCGGCGCAUUACUCUCUGGUCAAUUGAAAUUGCACAUUCAUGAUGAGAAGUUUGCCAUUGAGUCAUUCAAGAUGCGAUUGGCAGUGGAGGUGACGCAAAAGAAGCCAUUUCAUGCGCAUUGCCAUGAGUGUGCCCAUCAAUCAAAGGAUUUGACUACCUGGAAUUUCCUUCAAGGUCCAGCUACUCUACGAAAAGGCGAACACGACUUCCCAUUUAGCUUUCUCCUUCCCGGCCAUCUACCUGCGAGUAUGAAGGGGACGCUGUCGAAUAUCGAAUACGUUCUGAAGGCCACACUUGUGCCAAAAACUGGCGAGCCGAUGAAACUCUCACACGUUUUGAACAUUAAGCGUGCCAUUAUCCCUCCCGACACACCUCGCAAUUCGAUUCGAAUCUUCCCACCAACGAAUUUGACCGCCAACUGCCAGCUCCCUCCCGUCAUCUACCCCAUCGGCGAAGCAAACAUAUCAAUGCGCAUGAAUGGUGUGGUAAAUCGAAAUGUGGAUGCAAAGACACAGAACCAUUGGAAGUUGAAGCGUUUGACAUGGCGCUUGGAAGAGACACAAAGAGUUAUCUCACCGGCAUGUCCCAAGCAUGCCGCAAAGGUAACAAAGGAAGGCGAGAACAAGAAAGGUGCCGCGCAUCAAGAUAUACGCACGCUAGCUACUGAGGAGAUCAAAUCCGGAUGGAAAGCAAGUUACGAUACCGCGGAUGGAUCCAUUGAAAUCGAAUUCCCAAUUUCUAUUCGUCCGGAUGCGAAACCGAUUUGCGAUACGAAAGCUGAGGAUGGUACGGAAGUUUCCCAUACUCUCAUCGUUGAGAUGAUUGUCUCGGAGGAAUUCGCCCCUAUCCGAAAACCAUCACAAGUAACCCCAACCGGAGGUGCAAGAGUUUUGAGAAUGCACUUCAACCUUAAUGUUACCGAGAGAUCCGGCUUGGGUAUCUCGUGGGAUGAGGAACAACCUCCUUUAUAUGAAAAUGUUCCUGCCAGCCCUCCUACUUAUGUCAACCCGGAAUUGUAUGACGGACCUCCGAUUCCAGAUUAUGAAGAUUUGCCAGCAUUAGAUGGAGGAGUUGGAUAUGUAAAUGGAAAUGGAAAUGGAGCUCAUUUGUAA